ACAAGCGUCAAGCGUGGUUGGAUAACAAGAUCUGCACCACCGACGAACCAGCGGGGAAGAAAGCAGAGGUUACAGAGGCAGCAGCGGCAAGAAGCAGAGCAGAGAUCGAUGGCCGAGGCUGCGGGGAGCGGCGGCGUGGUGAAGCACCUCGUGCUCGCGCGGUUCAAGGAGGAGGCGACGCCCGAGGCGCUGGACCAGCUCAUCCGCCGCUACGCCGGCCUCGUCGACGCCGUCCCCUCCAUGAAGACGUUUCACUGGGGAACUGAUGUGACCGUACUGGACACGCACGAAGGAUUCACGCACGUCUUCGAGUCCACUUUUGAAAGCGCAGAGGGAGUCAAGGAGUACAUUGCACACCCAUCGCAUGUAGAGUUUGUAGAUGAAUUCUUGGCUUUGGCGGAGAAGAUGCUAAUAAUGGAUUACAAGCAGGCAGCUACCAAUUAGUAGUGAUUUCGGCAAAGUGAGGCUCUGCGAGCUUCUGCUCUCGCCCUCGGUGAUAUUUUUUUUUGUAUUUGUAUUUGAAUUUCAUUUGGUAUUCACAGGGACAUGUACGUUCUGCUAAAUAAAUCUGUCCAGCCUUCUAUUUGUGUUGACAA